GCGCUAUCUGCCCAUGCAUGUAGUGGAGCGUAAUUUUAAUCAAGGUGGAAACCAUCUUUAGAUUUCGUGAUAAUAUAAUUUAUAUUGAAUUUAAAGUUGUGUAGUGAAAUGAAGGUGCCCUGUGUUAUACCAGGAUGCUCUUUAAUCAGUAAAUUUUUCGGCUCCAAAAACAAUGACUUCGAAAUCGAAACGUUGGAAAUACACAACGAAUACAGAAGGGAUCACGGAGUUCCACCUUUAACACUCAAUAAAGACAUCAGCAAAAUUAGCCAGAAAUGGGCAGAAGAAUUGGCAAAGAAAGAUGCGAUGGCAUACAGCUUAAAUCCAAUGUAUGGAGAAAGCGUCUACUGUGGUUGGUCCGCAGAUCCUAAUACAAAAAUCAAACCCAGGGACUGCGUUGACAAAUGGUACAGCGAGAUCAACGAGUUCUCUUUUGGAAAAGAGCCUGACAUAUUAAAUUGCGGCCAUUUCACACAAAUUGUAUGGAAAGGUACAAAGGAAUUAGGAGUCGGCAGCGCUAAAAGCAAAACUGGGAAGCUAUAUGUUGUAGCUAACUAUUAUCCCCCUGGAAACUACAGCGGACUAUUUGUAAAGAAUGUCCUACCACCAGGAGCUAUGCAAUUCAGGUCAAGCUUCAAUAGCUCUCCUAGAGGAUCAAGUAACAAUUUAUCACCUCCUUCUCCCAGUCGACUGUCCUCUAGAAGCUCCUAUGACGGCUCGAAUGCAUCAUCGCCUAGCCAAAGAAGUAGUAAGAAUUUGGGAGAACUUGCAACAGAUUUAGUAAGCAAAUUCAGAUCUUCUUCAAUUUCGUCUGAGAAAUUUGAAGAGGAAUUCUUGGCAGCUCACAACGAGUAUCGACAAAACCACGGCGUCCAACCUCUUGAGUUAAACAAGAAGUUGUGUAAGUACGCCGAGGAAUGGGCGAAGACGCUAGCGAAGAAAGGAAAGACCGAACCGAGGGACCAAAAUGAGUACGGAGAGAAUAUCUUCUACGCAUGGUCUUCUGACCCGAACUUCAGUGUAUCUGGACGGGAUCCUGUUGACAAAUGGUACAGUGAGAUCAACAAUCACAAAUUUGGUAAAGAACCUACUAAUCUCAACUCCGGCCAUUUCUCGCAAGUUAUUUGGGAAGAUAGUAAAGAGCUUGGCGUAGGAGUAGCUAAGUCUAAGGAAGGUCAGGUUUAUGUGGUGGCUAAUUACUCGCCCCCUGGCAAUGUCAUCGGCAGUUUUAGUACUAAAGUAAAGCCUCCUAUUAACUGAGAUCCAUGAUAUUUAGUAUGUGAUUGCCAAAGAUGAGAUUUGUAUAUUAAGAAGUAUUUAGUCUAUUUAUUGUGUGGUAUGAGAAUGAAUUUAAAGAUAAAUUGGUAUGAUAUUUGGUCUAGUGUAAGUUAAUUCAUAUAUUUAUAUUCCACAUAAUGUUAUUACUAAAUUUAUACAUUCCGUAACUAAAUUAUAUUAGUGUAUUAAGGUUUAACGACGUAAUACUUGUUUUUGUAUCGGCAUUUCAUUUUAUUACAAAGUUAUUAGCCUUCAUACGCUGUAUUUCAAUAUGAAUUAUCUUUAGAGUUAAAAUAUACUGAUUUCAUAUUUUAUAGCACGAUUUGAUUUCAAAAGCUUUUAUUUAUCUCAUAAUUUAAAAAUGAGAAAUUCAGUGAAUUAGCAGCUAAUUUUGGGCUUAGUAAAUAAAGUGUUAUAUUCCGUCUUACUAGAUACAUUUGCGUAACAAAAAUUGUGACAAAAAUAUCAACCCAUUCAGCGAUUAAACACCACUGUUCUAUCUCUUU